GAUGGUCUCUCCCCGCCUAAUUAAGACCCUCAUCCAACAAUCGAAAAGCGUUUCUCAUCUUCUCCAACUUCAUUCUAUCCUUCUCAAAUCCGCGCUUGAUCAUGAUAACGACUUGAUUAGCCAAAUUAUCUUAUCCGCCUGCUCCGUAUCUGUAAAUUAUGCCAAAUUGGUUUUGUACACAUACCCAUUGUUCCUCCAAUUUUUUGCUUGGAAUUCCAUCAUCAAGGCAUUUUGCCAAGAGCACAACCCAGUUGAAUCAGUCAAGCUCUUUUGUCAGUUACGAAGGUUUGGUCUUCAACCUGACAAUUUUACGUAUCCUUUUCGUCCUAAAGCCUGUGGCCCGCUGUUCAUUGGUUCGACAAGGUGGGAUGGUGCAUUGCUUGACUUUGAAGACGGCUUUUGAUUCUGAUCAGUACAUAGGCAAUACCUUGUUGAAGAUGUACGUUGACUGUGACUGCGUUGAGCUUGCAAGACAGGCGUUUGAUGAAAUGUCUGUUAGAGAUGUUGUGUCUUGGAGUUCAAUGAUUGCUGCAUAUAUCGCCUGCAACUCUCCUUCAGUUGCAUUAAAUGUAUAUCAAGAGAUGAGGCUAUCUAAUGAGAAGCCUAACUCAGUCACCUUGGUAAGUUUGCUUUCUGCUUGUAUCCGUCUUCUCAAUAUCAUUGCAGGGGAGUCCAUUCAUGCCUAUAUUAUCAGGAAUCAGAUUGAACUGGAUGUUGCUUUGGGUACAGCUCUGUUUGAGAUGUACUCAAAAUGCGGACUAAUGAGAAAGCCCUUCACAUUUUCAAUUCAAUGCAUGGAAAGAACUUGCAGUCAUGGACAAUCAUGAUCUCUGCCCUUGCAAAUCAUGGGCGUCACAAGGAUGCUAUUUCUCUGUUUACCCAGAUGAAAAUGAUAGGACUUCAACCUGAUCGACUAUCAUUUUCUGUGAUUCUAUCAGCCUGCAGCCACAUGGGGCUUGUUUAUGAAGGCAGGAAGUAUUUUGAUGAGAUGGUUUGUUUGUACAACAUAAAGCCAUCUAUUGAGCAUUAUGGAUGCAUGGUUGAUUUGCUAGGAAGAGCAGGCUUGAUAAAAGAAGCUUAUGAUGUCAUCAAGAACACGCCCCAUGGAGCCUAAUGAUGUCAUAUAAAGGAGUUUUCUUGCUGCAUGCCAAAAUCAUGGUUGGUUCCCCAGUUUGGAUGAUAGGCUUCUGUCUAAAUUGGAGCCUGAAAUGGGGCCAAACUAUGUACUUAGCCGCUAAUUUGCUUUCCCUUUCUGGUUCAAGGGAUGAUGCCAAUAACUUGAGAGUAUCCAUGAAACAGAAAGGUUUGAAGAAAAUUCCUGGUUGUAGUUGGUGGAUGUGCCAAAUUGUUCCAUCAGUAGAACUUAAGAAGCAGCUUCUGAAAUCAGAGUCAUCUUAUUCUUUCCCUUGUUUACUACAAUUUUAAUUGUAAAGGUAGGCACAUGAAGCCACUGGAUUUAUCUGUUAGGAUUUUACGAACGACAAAUUGUGUAUAUUAUAUACAAAUCAAUUCAAGUUUGUUUUUUAAUGCUGUUCUAGUUGAGAUUAUGCUG